UGUUGCAGUUGCAAUUUGUGUGUUGUGCUUCACCGUCUCUUCUACCUGCCUAACACUCCUGCCAGUCUUUGAGAAGACCUCAGCAAUUCCAGAACCCCUGAUGUGGGUUAAAGAAAAUAAUGGCACAGAAUGGAGAUAAAUUGCAGAUUUGAAAACAAACUGCUGCUGCAGAAUUUUCUUUUCUUGUGGGUCUUUGUCAGAGAAGAAUAUUAAGGAGAUGGCAUCGCAAUAAACAGGGUUGCUGGAGCAAUAACAUUACAGGAUUAUUGACCAACUGUUGAUUCCAAACAGUCAGUAAGUGCAAGUCUUCCUGUGGGCUUUUUUUCUCUCUUUGGAUUGAAAAUGGGACCCAUCCAGUGAGUGAUGCUACAGAUGACAAACGAGAUGGUGACUGAACACCAAUAAACAGUACCUUUUUGAAGACUGACAAUUGACGGAGCAAUAUCCAGCCAAUUAUAAGUUCCAUUAUUUUCAAUGAAUGCCCACAGAAGGAGCAAUUUCUUGUCCAUCGGUCCAAUGUCUUCGGCCCUGAUGUGCUCGGCCGCUGUGGCUACUGUGGACAUGCCCGGACCACCGGCUAAAGGAGCUUUUUCCAUGAAAGACAAGAAGAUGGAUGAAUCUAAAUCAUCCCAUGUGGUGGAAGAAUACUUCUGGAUAGGCAGCAGUAUUGUAGCCUUCUCAAAGUGGAGGCUUGGCUACAUGGUGGAGAAAUGUAUGAGCUCCAUGCAGAGGGGUACGCAGAUGGUGAAGCUCCGUGGCAGCUCCAAGGGACUGGUGCGCUUCUUCUAUCUUGACGAACACAAGUCCUGUAUCCGCUGGAGGCCAUCACGCAAGAAUGAAAAGGCCAAGAUCUCUAUAGAUUCCAUUCGGGAAGUUGGCGAGGGUAAGCAGUCUGAGAUCUUCCAGCGUUAUGCCGAGGGCAGCUUUGACCCCAACUGUUGCUUCACCUUGUACUAUGGUGAGCACAUGGAGUCCUUGGAUCUUGUAUCUGGUAACGGUGAGGAAGCGCGAACCUGGAUCACAGGCCUCAAAUACCUGAUGGCUGGCAUCAGUGACGAGGACAGCCUGGCCAAGAGGCAGCGUACUCGAGACCAAUGGUUAAAGCAGACCUUCUCAGAGGCAGAUAAGAAUGGCGAUGGGAGUUUAAGCAUCAGUGAGGUUCUCCAGCUUCUACAUAAACUCAACGUCAAUUUACCACGACAGAAGGUCAAGCAGAUGUUCAAGGAGGCCGACACAGAUGAUAACCAAGGAACUCUGGGAUUUGAAGAGUUCUGCUCCUUCUACAAGAUGAUGUCGACCCGGAGAGACCUUUACCUCCUCAUGCUCACCUACAGCAACCACAAAGACCACCUUGACACAGAUGACCUGACCCGGUUCUUAGAGAUUGAACAGAAGAUGACCAAAGUGAGCAAGAGCCAUUGUCUGGAGAUUAUCAACAAAUUUGAGCCAUGUUCAGAGAACCAGAAGAAUGAAGUUUUAGGGAUCGAUGGGUUUACAAAUUACAUGCGCAGCCCUGCAGGGGAUAUCUUCAACCCAGAUCACUACAGUGUUAACCAGGACAUGAGUCAGCCGCUGUGCAACUACUUCAUUGCUUCGUCACACAACACCUACCUGAUGGGAGACCAGCUCAUGUCCCAGUCCAGAGUGGACAUGUAUGCCUGGGUGCUGCAGGCCGGCUGCCGCUGUGUUGAAGUGGACUGCUGGGAUGGUCAGGAUGGCGAGCCUAUCGUUCAUCACGGCUACACUCUCACCUCCAAGAUCCUCUUCAAAGACGUUAUUGAAACCAUCAACAAAUAUGCCUUCGUCAAGAAUGAUUUCCCAGUCAUCCUGUCCAUAGAGAACCACUGCAGUGUCCCUCAACAGAAAAAGAUGGCCCAGUACCUCAUUGAUAUUCUUGGGGACAAACUCGAUGUUUCUAACAUCAAAGCAGAAGAGUCUGGAUGGCUACCUUCACCAGAAACCCUGAAGGGAAAGAUCCUUGUUAAAGGUAAAAAAUUGCCUCCAAACAUCGACGAAAAUGCAGAGGAGGGCGAUGUUUCAGAUGAAGACAGUGCUGAUGAGAUGGAAGAUGACUGCAAAUUGAUGAAUGGAGACAUGUCUGCCAACAGGAAGCAAGUGGAGAAUAUGGCCAAGAAAAAACUGGACAACCUGAUGAAGGAGUCCAAGAUUCGAGAUAGAGAAGACCCAGACAGUUUCACAAUUGCUGCACUUCCACCUGCUGGACAUUUAGAUAAAACUGACACAAAGGCUAAAGGGCACGAUGGGUUAGUCACUUCGGAUGAGGCUAACACCAGCUGCAACAAGCGCACUGGCCACUCGUUCAUGGGGAGCUUCUCAAAACGCAAGAAAAAAAACAAGUUGAAGAAAACCUCAAGCUUGGAAGACACAGAUACUGACCAAGAGAGCUCCAGCAGUGCAUCACGUGCACCCCUACAUCACAACAAAAAGAAGAAAACCAUGAAAUUAUCUAGAGCCCUGUCUGAUUUGGUCAAGUACACAUGCUCAGUGGGCCUCUAUGAUGUCGAAGCACAAGCCAACUGCAGCUGGCAGGUUUCAUCCCUGAGUGAAACCAAAGCCCAUCAGGUGAUGCAGCAGAAAGCCAGCUCUUUCAACCACUUUAAUCAGCGUCAGCUCUCACGCAUCUACCCCUCUUCAUAUCGUGUGGACUCUUCAAACUUCAACCCUCAGCCUUUCUGGAACGCAGGCUGCCAACUUGUUGCACUGAACUACCAGUCCGAGGGGCGGGUCCUUCAACUCAACAGAGCAAAAUUCUACAGCAAUGGCAACUGUGGCUUCAUCCUCAAACCCAAAUGCAUGUGUGAAGGUGCCUUUAAUCCCAAUUCGGAGGAUCCACUGCCAGGUCAGAUGAAGAAGCAAUUGGUGUUGAAGAUCAUCAGUGGACAACAGUUGCCCAAACCCAAAGAUUCAAUGCUGGGGGACAGAGGAGAGAUCAUUGAUCCUUUUGUGGAAGUAGAGAUCAUUGGCCUUCCUGUGGACUGCGCCAAGGAGCAAACUCGAGUAGUGGAUGAUAAUGGUUUCAACCCAAUGUGGGAGGAGACUUUAGUGUUUACUAUCCACAUGCCGGAACUAACCCUUGUGCGUUUCCUCGUGUGGGACCACGACCCCAUUGGUCAGGACUUCAUUGGCCAACGUUCCAUCGCCUUCAACAGCAUGAUGCCAGGUUAUCGCCAUGUAUACUUAGAAGGUAUGGAGGAGGCUUCCAUCUUUGUCCAUGUAGCUGUACAUGACAUCACUGGUAAGUGGACCCCUCUUUUACCAAAUGAUUCAUUUCGAAGCAGGACAUUUUUAGGAGAAAUGAAGCUGCCACUCAAAGCUCAGGCCAAAGCAGCCAGUGGCAUAAAAGGCCUGUUUCACAGAAACCCAAAGCAGGCCUCUCUAGACAGCCAUGCUGCUGCACAGCACAGCCGUAAGCAGCCGUUCGGUGCCCACAUCCUACGGCGCACUGCCAGCGCCCCGACCAAAGGCCCACCCAAAGUCAAGAAGGGCCUUCCUGAGAUUACCACUAACACCAAAGACUGCAACUCGGAGGGUACAAGCGAAGACCGAGAGUCUGAGGACAAGGCGUCUGCUUCCUCCUCUCACCAGCCAACAACACCACAACUCCGCAAUGGUGAUUCACUGGCAUCCCGCCAAGCCAAGGCCAGCAAGGAACAUCCUGAUUCCAAUGGCACUUUUUACGCCGAGGGUAAAGACUGUUCCACGGUGCGGAGCCCAACUGCUCCACUUUUGUCUCCUGCCCAAAAUUCUGGGGAUGCUAGAAAGACACAUAUCAACUGCUCUGUUACUGUUCUUGAGGACAAGUUUUCUUCGCAUUGUUCCUCAUCAUUGCUGCUCUUACCCUCCAUUCCAGUGAAUGCGGAAUCCCAUUUGGCAGUUAUUUCAAAUCGAUUGCCUUGCAGUCCUACUGCGAUGACUAUAGAAGACAAACAAGCAGAAACACUCACUCGAACGAUGUCUCUCCCAGAGACAAGCUCUACCGAACAAAACCAAACAAAAGUUACCCAAACCAUCGUAGAGAACACAAAAAUCCAGAAGGAAAACCUUCGUAGUCUGACAGAUAUGGAAAAUAAUGAACCCGUAGUGAAGCCCAGAUUAGAAACAUCCGCUUCAGCAGUGACUGCUGAAACUCUUGUAGGUCUAUCUCAAACAUCAAACGGCAAUCUGGCAUCACACACGCCAGUAAGAAGAACAAAUAGUGAAGGCCAUGUUCGAGCAAGAGCCCAAUCAGUAGUUCCAGAAGUAUGCACAGAUGCUACUAUGAACGACCGUCUCUGGAGCAAGCUUGAUCCGGCUAGCCAUCGAGAUAGCAUGUCCUCAUCCUCAAGCGUCUCUUCUAGUGACACGAUCAUUGACUCGUCCCUAAACAACUUGGCCAGGAAAAGUCUUGCCAAAACAUGCGUCCCUUGUGACCCCCACUGUGCCAGCUGCCACCAUUCAGCACUCAUUUCCUUUGAUAGCCUUCAAGUCAACAGAAGUAUAUCUAACCCUAAUCUUCCAGAAAGUGAGUGUUUAACAGAUGGACACACGUCUCCCCAACAAGCAUCUCCUGUCUGCCAGACUAAUAGGCUUACACAAAGACGUCAUACCUGGAACCGGCUCUUCAUGGAAGAACUCAAGCAGUCAUCAGCUAGGACUCCAUCAACCUCUCCAACCGCAACGCCAACAUCCCUGUCCAAAAGCCUUGGGGAUCUCACCUCCGAUGAUAUCUCUUGUAACUUCGUCAGCAAGUACCGCAGCAUCAGUCGUAGCUUCAUCAUGAGGCCAACUAGGGACAAUCUUCGAAGGGGUAGCCCGGCAAAAGCCAGACCAAAUAGUGAGCUUACAGAGCAGCUACGGAAGCUGACUGAUGUGGAGCCCCUUACGGCGAAUGACUUUGCCACUGAAAAUAAACCAAGUGAAUAUCAGGAUUCUGUUGAUGAGCCACAAACAAUUCGAAGGUCCUCUUCCAGGAGCCAAAGCAGAGUGCGGUACAUUGCCAAUCGAGCUAAGAAAGCCCAAGAAAGGCAAAGGCUCCAGAGCUUGAUGCAAGGAAAUACAUACUUUGGCUAUACAGAUAACAUCAACGGAAGUACUGCUUGCCCCAUUGAGGAACGAGGAAUACCUGAAGGGGCAUGUUGCAUAGCAAGGAGUCCCUGUGCCAGCCCAAACUUGGUCAAUCUAGCCACAUCUUUAAGAUCCCCUUCUUCAAGUCAGUUCCCUACCUCCCCAGAGCCUGAAAACAGUGAGGUCCUUUUCAAGCUUCGACUUUAUUAACUGGUUAACUUGAAUUUAAUAGGUUUGGCGCAUUGAAAGAUCUACUUCUUCUAAAGGAUUGAACAAAUGUUUUUUUAUUUUAUGAUGAAAAGGUAGCAUAGUUCAUUAAAAUAUCUGAGACAUCUGGCUUCGAAAAUAUUGUACCGACUUUGGGAAGCAACUAGUAGAGAGCCCUGUAAAUUUGCAUUAAAUUGCAUUUAGUGAAAAUUACCAUUUUUUUAAAAAAAAUUGGCUCUUUAUGAUGAUUUAACCCUUUACAGGGCAAGCAACCAUUUUUAGUAAUUAAAAAAAAAAUACAAACUAAACCCCAUGAAGACACGCAGUCCACAUACGUGGACAUCAAAAUUCCAGUCAUGUAGGCCACAACAUUAACAUUUGUUGUAGUCUGCAUGACCCAAAUGAUGUCCGCAUACUGUAUGUAGAUGCCAAGUCUAAGUUAUGAUUUUAUUUUUUUAUUAUUCAUUAUUUUUAUAAUAACUAUAUCACUCUAAAGUUGGUUUGUUUGUUUAAUUUCAUAGUAAUCUCAUUGCCUUGACGGCAGUAGAUGUCCAAUUCAUUCAAACUGGGAGGAGUUGCUGUGAAAGCUCAUCUUUCAUCGCUACUGACGGCGCUAGACAACCAAUCCAUUUUCUCCGGAAGAGGUUGGCAGCGAAUGAUUGCUGCGAACCCUCCCAGUCAUAACGGAUUGGACGUCUAAGCUUCAUCAGGGUAAACCUAUGAGUUAAAUGUAUGCCCUAUAAAAGGUUAAUCAUGUGUAUUAAUAAGAGCUAAGGAAUCCAGUAGCAAUAUGUAAAGUAGAGGCCAUCUCUUCCGAUCCUUAAACCCACAUAUGUAAAAAUUUGAAUUUUAGAAUUAUUGUGAGAUUCUUAUCUGCAUUUGUAGCCCAUCCAUCAAGCAAUAUUAUAAGAGCGAUGGCAUUGUUAUGUGAAAUAUAAUGUGCAGUUUUAUGCUAAACAAUGAGCUUACCUGCUGAGAAAAUGAAUUAUGUUUAUACGUUUACACGGCUAGAAAUGUUUUCAUUUAUAUAAUAGUUUGUGUAGUGCUUCAAUGUAAUGCAACCGAGCUGCCAACUUUCUGCUAAUGAUUUUCAUCUGUAGCAUGUCACAGCACUGAGAGAACUACUCCUUUUUAGCCCCGUUUUAGUUGACUGCAUGUGUCAUUUGCACUGUUUUAUCCCAUGGAUGGGCUUUAUUUUACAAAGAUGUUUUUAUAUCAAGAUGUUUAAUGUCCCAGACUUUUUAUAGGAACGCUUCAUCGGUGUUCCCAAGAGAAUCGCAUUGUAAUUCUUCUGCGUAGUUCAUGCUAUUAAAACAAAGCACGUUUAUUUGUUGGCCUGCUGUAUCGACUGUACUGACAUGCCAGUUGUUUGUGCAAACAUUUUUGGGACGAUAUUUAAUUCAACAAUGUGUAAUUCAAUGAAUAAAUUAAAAAUGAACAAUUUCA